CUUCCCAGGCAGUAUAUUGAAACCCCAUAAUCACCAAAGUUCAAGCACAUCACCCCCCUGUGAUGCGCCUCUUCCAUUAAUCUCUACAUGCAUUGGCUUUUUGCAGAACGUAUCUGAAAGUCCUUGUUCGGCUUCCAGGGAGUUCCCUACGACGCCCUUACUUUGUAAUCGAUUACUACAUUCUCCUGUCACAUAUUAUCCCAAGUCCGAUUCUACAAAACAGCGAUGCCACACUUGUGGGUUAAAAGUCUUUCAUCCACGUUUAGAGUUGGAUCAGUUUGAAUUAACGUUUUCGGGAAAUCCCGAUUUUUCUGAGAACACUUGUAUUGGAGGUCGGUUUUCAAAUCAUCAUAGUGUUUUAGCAGACGACACAAGCAUUUUGCGCGCUAACUUUGGCGAUGUUAGUUUCUGGAACGAAUUUCAUCUUUUCCAUUUUAAGGACAUUCUGCAUUUAGAAGAUUUAUUCAUUAUAAUGGGUAGUCUUUCAGAAGAUAUCUGUUCCAUUUCUGCCCUACUUAAAUGGUGUACCAUUACAGAGACCUGUUUACCUUUUAUGGUGAUGCCAUUUGUAAGUCAGUAUUUUGAUUGGACAAUGCUUGGACAUCUUGACCUUUACUGGUCAGUGAUGAACAUGUGUCAGGUCUUACUUCAUUGCCCCAACACAGCUGUGUCAGACACACUCCGAUACGACACUUGCCUUAAGAACUUUUGUUUCUACCACAUGUUAGAUCAUCCAGGUAUUGACGUUCAACUGAAUAGCUCCCCCUGUCUUCCAGGCUCUGUUAGCCCUGUAUCCACACCUGUGAAUCCAAGCUGCCUAGAGGCUAAAACUGACAAUAAUUGUGUUGUCAUUGCGUCCGUUGUCUGUACAGUGUGUCUCAACUGCUUCCACGCACGAACCUCGCUAAGUGAUAGAGACACACAUUCUGAUCUCACCGAGACAUGCGUUGAGGUAAACUCACUCCCUAAUGAGGGCACCUCAUAUGUAAGUAACAACGAAGAAAGGCAAAUAGAUGUCUCACUUAUUUCAUCUUUAACUCAAAACACGGCUCUAAGCUCAAGCAAAGAUUCCAACAGAGUACUCCCAGACAAUGCCAAUACAGCCAACAAUGCCAGACAUUAUGAAUGUUCAGACCAAAGAACUGAGAUCACGCCUGGUGUUGAUAACAACGACAGCAGACGUCGGAUGUCCUUUUCGGAUAACAUCCCUGUGUUUGUCAACGUCGCCUCACUCCAAGGUGAAGGCCACGGCUGUGUCAUCCUUGAACACUGCGGAGAAAACAGGUCCACUCAAAUCACCGUGAAUGACACUCCACCCACCAGCAGAUCCGAAAAACAUCAACAAUACAAGUUCAGCUGCCCUAAUAAAACCGCCAAAGGAUUAAAACAGGACAAGGAAUCGAUACCAAGAUUAACAGAGACAAAACAAGGAAAAGAUAACUCUAACUCUAAUUCCGUUAUUAAAACCUUCGCUCAGCUCUUGCCAACUAUCUUGCUAUCGCCCGAUACUCCAGAUAUUUCAAAAAACAGAAAAUCGAUUACCUCGAUUCUAAACCAAUCUGAAUACGGGUAUCUCAGACACUUGAAUGAAGUGUCCUUAAACAUUUCUGAAGAAAUGUCACCAAACUCUAGACCUCAGGAUGAAACUCUCCCCUAUCCCAGCGACAAGGGUACGAAAACAGUCCCCGAGACUUGGCGGAAACAGCCGAUCGAAAACGUUUCCGGGGCUAUUUCGUUGAAUCGGACCGUUGUUCUCGACGGGGUCGGCGAGACGGAGCGAGAUACCGACCCUGCGCAACAAGACUUAUUCAAUCGAUGUAAGGAAAUAGAAAGUCCGUCUUGUUCCGUCACGCGCUCCCUAAUGGACGGAACCUUGAGCACCUUAAUUCCAUUAGCUACUCACAUUACCAGCACUUUGGCCAGUGACAGAUGUGAGCCCAACAUUUCUGUGACACUUAAGUCCAACAACACGGAUUCCUCGCUCGCGGGGUCCCAUGCUUUAAAAAACAAAUCGCGGUCUUUCUCGCCCUUGACUCUACCUCAGACCGCCACUGGGGCCAUUCAUUCCACCCUCCUGGCUUGCCUCCCGACUUACGGCGCCUCGCAGGGCGUCAGGAAGGAGGUAGGCUCCAAUAACAAAACCUACGAGUUCUUCGUCCGCUCCGUCUUUGAUGCUUUCUUCGACAGCACCGGCGCCUGCUCCACCAGCGAGCCCUGCCUCGCUGCUGUUCCCGGAGAGGAUGAGGAGAUAUACGAGUUCCCUUUGUUCCCUCUGAGCAGCGGGAACAUUCACUCGAAGGGAACCAGUAACGAUAGGAGCUUUUACAAUAUCCCCAGUCAAAGCCAAAACCUUUUCAUGAGUGGGUUCAGAAGUCCCAACAGAAGCUGCUCAAGGGGCUCUGGGAUGUCACAUUCGUGGUACUCCCUCAACGACCUUGACCCUAAUCCAGGACCGACGUCGCUCAGAAAGUCCAGGUUCAUGUAUCUGGCCUCCAUACGCCGGCAGCUGAAUCACGUGUUCUCGCCUAAAAGCCUUAGGCAAUUCUUCGGCAUCAACAGCGACGGCUCUGCCUUGAAAAAAUCGGGCACCAAGGUCACGCCACGUGACAGGCUUUCCACCAAUCACAUCAACGUGAUCAUCACGCGCUGUGAGAGCCUGGUCAUGGAUAAGCAUCAGAGCGACGAGUUACCUCCCAUGCGAGGCCGAGCCGUGACACUGGACCCCGCCUACAUGGACAAAGGCGGCGCCCGAGUCUCCGCAGAGUCCACGCACAACUGUGUCGUGUCGUCCAGCGCCGACCAGGUGAUCACCCCCAAGCCAAGGGCCAGCUCCUUGGACACGACGCACAGCUCCGUUUCGCCUGAUGACCAGUCCAGGUCGCCGGACACAUCCAUCGACAGGUCGAGGGGCUGCUCCCUUGACCUCCUGUCCCCUGCGUCUGCCAGCGUCAGAACCGGAAGUAUGUGCUCUGGUAUGUCCUCCAUAUCCAGACUGACGGAGUGUAGUGCCUACACGGAAACAAGUCGCUCGGAUUGUGAAAAAAUCACCAGGCGGACCGCAGAGAGGGAACACAACAUCACCCGGCUACUCGGGGUCAUCACGUUCAUCUUCGUCAUCAGCUGGUCAGUCUCCUGGGCGGUCAUCCUCCACAGCACCCUCUCCCCGGUGCCCCUGCCUGACUCCAGCCACGUGACUUUGAGCAUGCCACGUGACCUGUUUUUGGUCAACCACUUCUGCAACAUCAUCGUCUACGUCAUGCUCAGCAAAUCUUUCCGGGACAAGCUGGCGCAGUGCUACAAGAGUGUGAGGCUGUGUUAGUCACAUCUUUCCGGGACAGACUUGCAUAUCUUUCCGGGA